AUGUGGGCAGGAGGGACUUUGGCGGCCAUCGAGGCCAACCGUCACGAGCUUGGGAGUGUUGUCUGGCUCACCUACCUUCCGGACAUCCAAACCCUUAUCGUGAAAGUCCCCUCUCGUGAACAUGGAAUCGGUUACUCAAAUAUUGGCCAGCUCCUAGCCCAAAAGGUUGGCCACUUCUAUGGAAGAAAGUGCGAAAGCUCACUAAAUCGGACAGCCAAAUACCUGCGAAUCGUCGGCUUAUGGUCCAACGAUGCUCUGCUUUCCAGAGAGAAGGUCAUAGGAAGUUUGGAGGAGUAUGAAACCGCUGUUAAUAUAAUUCGCUUGAAGACCUUGGUGUACUUUCAUUUGAUCGACGAGAGACUGCCCCUCAAGCUAGCCCAAACCCUCGGCGCAAGUUUGACUUCCAAGGACGAAAUGUUUCUGCAGCUUCCACCAGGUAUCGCCAAUAACCCAGAUGAAUGGCUACUCCUUGUGGCACCAAUGAAAUACGGUCCCAUCCAUAACAAACACCGAUGGCUCCUCGGCCUAGAUCUACGACAGAGAGCGCAAGCGCAUUACCAGGCCAGCAUCAGCAAAGUCUUCUUUAGAUUCGCUAUCCUAAGUGUUCACCAUUGA